UCAGCAACGAGCUCUGUGGUGAGAAGCCUCAGAGGUGUCUGACACCAUCCAGUACGUUUAGGGGCUAGAUACAGCUUCUUAUAUAAAUUUCCAGCCACUUGCUUUAGCAGUCUGGCCUCUGGGUGUUUGAACAACCAGUUUCUUUUUGUAUAGUCAGUUGAGAGAAAACUGCACGGUGGUAGUAGCUUUUUACGCAUGGAGGUCGGAAUCAGUUUGUUAACAUUUACGCACGGCUUUAUCUCAACUUGUCGGAAGAUGCUGGCAGGUUUAUGAGACCUUGUCAGGGCAUCAAGGGGGGUGCGCAAAAAGUGAGCAACGAUGCGGGGCGCUGAGCUGCUGCUCGGUUACUUUCUGGUUAAAGUUAUCUUGUGCGAUGCGGAGGGCGAGCCGGCUCAAACCUUGGAUGAAUUAAUGAUAGUUACAGGGUUUAACGAGUCAGCGGAAGAAGAGAGCAUAGUCACAGAAAUUCCGCACACGGAGGACAAGUGCCGUGGCUACUACGACGUGAUGGGUCAGUGGGACCCGCCGUUUGUGUGCAGGACAGGCAGCUACCUGUACUGCUGCGGCACCUGUGGCUUCAGGUUCUGCUGCGCGUUUAAAAGCUCCCGGCUGGACCAGACCACCUGUAAGAAUUAUGAUACUCCGCCGUGGAUGAUGACCGGCAGACCCCCGUCAAAAGUGGACGUUGCGUUGGAGUCUGCAAAGGAUAAGACCAACCUCAUUGUGUAUGUUAUAUGUGGGGUCGUGGCCAUAAUGGCACUGAUAGGGAUUUUCACAAAGCUGGGUUUGGAAAAGACGCACCGUCCACACAGAGAAAAUAUGUCACGAGCUCUUGCACAUGUAAUCCGCCAUCCGGCCUCAGAUCAUACAGAUGACAUCGGACUCAGCCAACAAUAUGAGAACAUACAAACCGGGUUAACACUCAACAGUUUUCACAACAGCCAGAUGAACAAUGCAGCUCAAUCACCGACUUUAAUAAGUCAGCCGUAUCCAGAAGUUGGACAAAUUACCAGCCCGUAUGAACAACAGAUGCCUCUCAAAGAUCUCAACAAGUACACCACUCUCAAGGCUGUGGCAGAGAAAAUGAAUGACAGCUACCAAAGCAACCGACUACAAGCAAUUGAGAUGACAACCAAGGGCAGCCUUCCAAUGGAAGGUGUGGAUAUGGAACCAGAGCCUAGCAAUCCUUACAGCCCACCCAGACAGCUGUCUAUGAAGCAGAAUGAACAGAAGUACAAAAGUCCCAGGAGCUACAGCUCCCAGUCACUGUCUUGCAGUUCCAGCACUGCAGCCAGCCCAGGCGUGCUAAGACCCUGGCAGAGCAAGGACACACUGGGACACCGACAGAGCUAUGGCAUAAAAAAACUCUGCAUCAUAGAAAAGGAGCCGUUCAACACUCGUUACAUGCCUCCACAACCAUACUUUGUUACCAACAGCAAGACAGAGGUGACAGUAUGAGGACCUGUCAUCAGGGUUAAAAUGCAUAUGCAUGUAAGAAAGAUUGUAACUGCUGACUAGUGUUGCAAGAAAGCCGCAUGGACUGUAAUAUCUGUAUAUGUGUACGGGAUGGGCAGCAAUAAAGUUGCAAUCAAAUGGUGACUUGUACAGGACUCUGGGCCAAUAACUGUGCUUCAGAAGGGCACACUAAUGAAUAUGUUGUGUUUGAUGCUCACAUAAUCCAACUGCUGAAGUCACAUAACUCAUAUAUCCCGGUGUUAAGAUGUGACACAUUAAGCUCUGUUGUCAGUAAAUAUCAAAGGACUUAAAGUCUUUUCUGUAAGAAUAUGUCUGUAUGAAAUUAGAGUUGAGCAGCCUGUGAUUGAUGUAUUGAUUGGCUGACUAUAGAUGAAAUGUGUCACUACAAUGCAGUUAAUGUUUUAAUGUCAGUACUGAUCACAUACUGAAAGGCAUCAAUUAAACCAUUAAUUUAAUAGGUACUGAAUCAUUAGCAAAACCCAAGGUUGUUUUUGUAUGUUUUUUUGUUUCCUGCUCUUUCCUGUUUCAUGUUCUCAAUCUGAACCCUCUUAAAUAUUUCUGACACUGGCACUGUAAUACAAAAUUUCUCAAAAUUUUACUUUAAGUAAAAAAGGUUCAUAAGGAACAGGACAAGAAAUUUAAGUUAACCUGUUUUUAAGAAAGCUGUGAUACUGUGUAAAAUGUCAGUUACAGCAGAAUGCACUGAUUUGCAUAUCUGGUAAAGCCUUCAUUUAAUAUCAUGUCAGCUACUGAAACUGAAAUCCUUUUUAUUUAUUUAUUUGUUUUAUUAUUUUAUUAUUAUUAUUAUUGCAUUUAAAAAAAUAUAAAUAUUUUUUAUUUAAUGGCACAACAUGUUUUCAUAUGCUGUUUUCAUGCAGCAUUAAAAACAGUAAUUCUGCAAUUGAAAACACUGCACGGGCUCUAGAAACUCAAUCACACAUUAAAAUAUAUUACAGUUACGUUUGUCCGCAUGUCCAUGGUGAAGAAGUGUCCCACUGAACACAUCAUAGUUGAGCAGUUUUACCACUGUGACAGUUUCACAUCAUGUUAAAUGCAACCAAGGGAAGAUUUUAAAAGGAUAAAA